AUGUCUUUCUUUUCAUUUUUCGAACAUAUUCCAACCAUAUCUUCAACUGUAUUAAAACAUUAUACCGAAGGCCCACCUAAAAAAUCAUGGGAUCUAAAAUUUCAUUUAGCAAUAGCACUGAUCAAAGGCAAUGAUCGUUUUUCAAAAACUCCUAUCGAACAAAGUCAAAAGGAAUUUGAAAAACAUUUUGCACUUAAAACUCCUCCUAAUAUAACUAUAAAAGGUGUUAUAUUAGAUGAUGAAUAUAGACAAAAGAGUAAAACAUAUUUAGAAAAGAUUUUGAAACCAUAUGAUGACGUGUUGGACGAUAAAUGGAAAGAUCCAAAUGAUAAAGGAUUAUAUGGGGAAUGGCUGUAUAUUAAUGAAAAAAUUAAUGAAACUGAUAAUGUGAUUUUAUAUUUGCAUGGUGGCGGAUUUUGUUUCGGCUCACCCAAAACUAUUAGAAUAAUUACACAAAAAUUUACUGAGCUUGCUGGUUCUCGAGUUUUUGCACCUGAUUAUCGUCUUUCGCCACAAAGUCAAUUUCCUGCCGCUCUUUGUGAUUCUAUCGCUGCGUACCUAUAUCUUAUAAAUCCCGGUCCAAAUGCUGGAUUUGAACCGAUUAAUCCUAAAAGAAUUAUAUUGGCUGGCGAGAGUGCGGGUGGCAAUUUGGUUUUUACUACGAUUUUAUCUUUAAGGGAUGCCGAAUUACCUUUACCAGCGGGCGCAAUUGUAUUGGUUGAUUUAACUCAAAGCAUGCCAUCCAAAUGGAAUCCUGAAUUAGAUAAAGUAGAUUAUGUACCUUCGGAGCUAGACGUUUUUAUAAAACUUCCUUUAUCGCCUGCAAUGAACGAAUUUCAUGCCGAUGCAAAAGCUCUAGCUGAUAAAAUCGCUUUAAAAAACCCCAAGAUUGUUAGUCAUCCUUCUUUUACUGAAGUGCCACGUUUUCAACUUUAUUGUGCUAAUGAAGCUAUUUAUAAUAUUUUAAUUUCUAGUCCUAUGCUUGCUGAGUCUUUAGGGAAUUUACCACCGAUUCUAUGUCAAGUUGGUGGCGAUGAAAAAUUUCGUGACGAAGCUGUCCUAAUUUGUCAUAAAGCUGCGAGUCCUCAUGAAUAUCAAUUACCUUCGUAUGCAACUGAAAAUUUUGAAAAAUCACCUUUUAAGAAACCUACUAAAGUUAUACUUGAAGUCUAUGAUGACAUGCCUCAUGCCUGGCAUAUGUUCACUUUUUCUAAACCUUCACAAAUAGCAAUCGAACGUUGUUGCGAUUUUAUAAAACGUGUUGCUUCUAUUGAAGACAAUAAUACGUCCACGAUUGAUCUUAUUAAGGAAGAGACUGUAUCCCCUUCUAUUUCUGUUUCUUCCUUAUUUAUUGCAAUGAGAGUUGGUACAGAUGGUAAGAUCAGAGAAUUGAAUGAAACUGAUCGGGAUUGUCUAAAAUGGGAUAAUAUUGGCGUAGUGCCUAAACCUGAAAAUUAA